AUGCACACGACCCAGAAGGACACGACGUACACCAAGAUCUUUGUGGGAGGGCUGCCCUACCACACCACCGACGCCAGCCUGCGCAAGUACUUCGAGGUCUUCGGAGACAUCGAGGAGGCGGUGGUCAUCACCGACCGGCAGACCGGCAAGUCCCGGGGCUACGGAUUUGUCACCAUGGCUGACCGGGCUGCUGCCGAAAGGGCCUGCAAGGAUCCCAACCCCAUCAUUGAUGGUAGGAAGGCCAACGUGAAUCUGGCAUACUUGGGAGCAAAACCAAGAAUCAUGCAGCCAGGUUUCGCCUUUGGUGUCCAACAGCUUCACCCAGCCCUUAUACAGAGACCUUUCGGGAUCCCCGCCCACUACGUCUACCCGCAGGCUUUCGUGCAGCCUGGAGUGGUUAUUCCCCAUGUCCAGCCCACAGCAGCUGCGGCUUCCACCACGCCGUACAUUGAUUACACUGGAGCCGCCUACGCACAAUACUCGGCUGCGGCGGCGGCGGCCGCUGCAGCCGCUGCCUAUGACCAGUACCCCUAUGCAGCAUCUCCGGCUGCUGCAGGCUACGUGACCACUGGGGGCUACAGCUAUGCUGUCCAGCAGCCAAUCACCGCUGCGGCACCUGGGACGGCUGCGGCCGCAGCUGCAGCUGCUGCAGCCGCAGCGGCCUUUGGCCAGUACCAGCCUCAACAGCUGCAGACAGACCGAAUGCAGUAG